GCCAUUGAAUCCCGCAAUCACGUCGCCACAAACGCUGCGUGACACAGCUUUUUGUGGGUAGCUAGCUAGGUUGCUGUGCAUGAGAUCCCCUUAUCAUAUCACUCUUUGAUAGUCCACGUCAUGGUGACUCCUUUUUAAGCUUAAAUUAUUCCAACCCGGUCUUUCGGGGAUCAUGUGCUGCCUCGCUUAAAAGCCAAGCGAAAGCCGCACCGCGCCUCGCCUUGGGAUCUCCAAAAAAUAUGUAUCACAUGGUUGUGUCUUCUGUUGUCGCAAACCGAUGAUGGUGGACGUGGACUGGAUAGAAGUGACAGUAUGGAGGAGACGGAUCAGCUGGACGACGUUGCUGAUCCUGUGUGGGCCUACCGUGCUCCUGUACCAUUUGGAUCUCGACGUGACGUACACGCCUCGUGGCACCCUUUAUUCUGGUCAAUGGGUCCAGAUCUUGCUCGCACCUUGGGCUCUUCCUCAGUCCGCCGCUUCGCUCCUCUCUAGGAUACUCCAACUCGCUGUUCAGCUCACUUUGGCGCCGGUUCACUCCUUAGCUCACCAGUACAUCUUCUGGAUUGGACUCGCACUGAUCCGUACAGGAUUGGGAUUCGUGUUGACACGUUCGGUCGGUUGGGCAUACCCUGCUUUGUUCAGCCAUUGGGCGCUAUACGAGUCGUCAUCAGGAUGGGGACCUUCUCUCAUGGCGGUACUCAGCGUGACUCCAGACGUACCGCCGGCACUUUUACCUGUAUCGAUGGCCGCUUCUUGUUGGCUGGAAAAUCGCCCAUGGACCUAUGGCACAGCUUUGAUGCUCUCAUUAUUCCUUCGAGCUUUUAACCUCGUCCGCUCUUCCCGCAGCAUGGGCAAGGACAAACCUCUGUCUACAGAGGACAAGCUACCGACAAGUACGACGCCAGUCUCUCCACCACCUUCUCGUGUAUCCCUCAAAUCACUUCUCCUCUGCAUCCUGCCACUCGUGCCAUACACGUUGAUCACACCCUCUCGUUCGCCAUGGCCAGCAACAGCGACGUUGGAUAUUCUCAUCCUGAGCUAUCCUCGUCCAGUAGAUAUCGAGCUCGAUGCAAAGAUCAUAUCAACGACUAUCGAUUCCUACCUUCCUCACAAUCCCUCCAUUUCCAUAUUCACCCAUGCCACCUCUCAUCCCGCAUUCGAUCAGCUCAAGGAUGAAUAUCCCAAUCUUUCAUUCUACAAGGAUACAGAUGAUCAUCAUGAGGAUGUCCAAGGUCAAGCUCUACACCUCGCAGAAGGAUUCAGCUGGUGGUUGAAAGACAGAGGAGCAGACACCGAUUGGGUCAUGUUGAUAGAAGAUGAUUUCCCUCUGUGUCCCGGAAGAUGGAGUGUCGUAGAGACGGUAAUGAACAGGCUGGAGAGCGAUAGGCUGAAUGGCGAUAUUCGGUCGGGAUUCAUAGGCACCGGUGGAAGCGGCUUGAUCAUUCAUAAAUCCUAUCUACCCAUCCUGAUCCAUCUCCUCCGACUCCAUUCGGCCAAAAAUUCGAUUCUCCCCUCAGACGUUCACCGCCGCGCACCAGAUCAAAUCGUGCAAGAUUGUCUACUCGGACGACCAUCAUCGUUGUGCGAGCGGAAGCCGAGAGACAGGAGAUCCAUUCUGCCUUUCAGCCUCUUCAGUGAGAGAGGCGUACCUCAGGACAACGGAAAUAUGAUCAUCAGUAGUCGAUUAGUGUUGGAUCAUAUCGGUGGAAUGGCAACCACUCAGCAUGCCAAGGCAUUCAACAGUGACAAGUGGCGGUGUGGUUGGAGACAUCCAUUCGAAGGGGAUGAGCAGGUCGAAGUGGUGUUGGUGUGACGUGACAGAGGAUUCUAAACCUUUCUGAACGAGCCAUUUUACACGACUUGUUGUAUACAUACAUAGUUCGAACUCCAUUGCUCUUGUGCAUACACAUAUCGUACGUGAUCGGCAUCAUCA